UACAGUGAAUAAACCUCAAACCGCUAUUAAGAUUAAUGCGCCUUAUUGUACAGAUAUUGUGCCUAAUAUAAAAUUACUUUUAAAAAUAUUUACAACUUUUCCUGUUACAACGCCAAAAUGUACUUUUUCUACCUUAAAACGACUGGAAACAUACUUAAGAACAAAAAUGACUGAAAAGAGACUAAAGGGAUUAGCUUUAAUAAAUAUUGACAAAAAAGAGGUCAUUUCAGAAAGUAAAAUCAUUAAGAAUUUUGCAGUAACAGCACCAAAAAGAUUGCAACUCACAGAUUGGUCAAAAUAA